CCACACAUCCUGACACCCUCCUUCUCAUUGUGAUAGGGCUAGAUAGCACUGAUAGUAUCAUAACUGACAUCUUGCUAAAAUAUAUCGUAAUUCGGAACAUGUUACAAAUAUCACAAAGUCCUUCAUAUUAGCUAUCGUAGUCGGAUGUGUUGAAAAUGCCGUUAGAAAAGAUACAAUCUCUAAAUGUGUUAUAGAUAAUCAUUACAAUAUUUAAAUGUUGUGAGGAAAGUUUAUCUAUUCUCUGAUGAUACGUGAAAGAUAGACCACACACUGGACAUUGCUUCAGAAUAACGUAGACGGUUUGACUGUGAAAAAGAAACAUAAAAUCAACAAAAUGGGUUUAUCCAAAGUAACUUUUAAAGACGAACACAAAAACGGGGGAAUAGUUAACGUGUCUUACAAACCGGACGAGUAUGAAGUCACGAAACCGGAAACAGAAGUCAGCGAAAACAACGGCGGAAGAGAACAAAGAAGCGGGGGAGUGAUAGACGAAGAAAUUAAGAUAGAACAUAGGCACGUUAGAGAAGAAGAGAAAGAAAAAGAGGAAAAGGAAGAGAGCGAAGAAGAGUUACCUGACGGUGGAUGGGGCUGGGUUAUCACCUUUGGCUGCAUCACCAUUGCGAUCGCCAUCAACUUCGCCGGACCCUGCUUCGGCAUCCUGUUCUCGGGGUUCCUGCUCGACCUGGGGACGUCCUCGACCAACGUGGCCUGGAUCUUCAACCUGAGGUCGUUCAUCGUGAAUAUCGCGGCCCUGUUCCUCGACCCCCUGGUGGCCGAGUGGGGCUGGAGGAAGGUCGGCUUCGUCUCGAGUCUCCUGCUGUCCCUCGGCUUCGCUGUCUCGAGCUUCGCCAACUCGGCUUUGUAUCUGCUCUGCUCGUACUCGAUACUUACAGGCAUUGGCAGCGGCUGGAUGAUGGGCACAAUCUUCUCAAUGAUUCCAUACUACUUCAAACGCAGACUGGGCAUCGCGAAUGCCCUCAUGCACGGAGGCAUCUGCGUGGGGCAGAUGGCGGGGCCUCCAAUGAUCACUUAUUUACAAGAACAAUAUGGCUUUUCCGGAAGCACGCUCAUCAUGGCAGCCAUCUUGUUAAACGGCUGUGUCGGGGCGGCCGUCCUACACCCUGUGGAGUGGCACAUGAAGACCAGAAACAAGGAAAAUGCUUGGGAACGGAAGACGAAAAAGAAAAUAGAAAUGGACCCUGACGCCAAGACUCGGCCAUGCGCCACCGUCUCCCGCGUUUUCACCACGAUCUUCACCAACCUAGAGCUCCUAAGAUCUCCUCGCGUGCUUAUCAUCACCGUGGCCUCUGCGCUGAACAUGACAUCGUACCUGAACUUCCUGAUGUUCGCGCCCUUCGCCCUCCAGACGUCCGGGCUCAGCCUGGAGGAGACGUCGUGGUGCAUGUCCGUGUCCGGAUUCUGCAUGCUGGUGGCGCGUCUGGUCGUGUCCUCGUUGACGGACUUGCCCAGGCUCAGCAAACGCGGCUGCUACAUGGCCGGCACCGCCACUGUCUUCGUAACUACUAUUGCGUUCACCUUCGUGCGCGGUCUAACUUGGUCGUCGGUCGUGAUCGGCGUGUGGGCGGCCGGCGUGGGCGCCUUCAUGAGCCUGCAUAACCUCAUCAUGGUGGAGUAUGUAGGCCUAGACAAACUUGUGCCGACGCUGGGCAUUUGCGGGAUCUUCAGUGGCUUGUCGUCAGUUAUCAUCGGACCUGUAAUCGGCGUGAUCCGCGACGUGAGCCAGAGCUACGCCGUGAGCAUGUGGGCGCUGUCUGGCUGCUUCGCCGUCGCCCUCCUGCUGUGGCUCCUCAUGCCCGCCGCCGUGGCCUACGACCAAAGGAGAGAAGGGAAGCGGAUGGAUUCGCCCUCUUAAGGAAAGGAGUUGGAUCCUCAGUAAAUCAUUUCUUGUAUCAGGGAGCUGGAUCCUCUUUAUAAAGGGGUCAGAUCCUCUUUAACGCCUUAGGACCGCAAAUUCUCAGCCAUUUCUUCGUAGCCCAUAUAUAUAAUGGGUGCGCAGAACGAAAUCAGACCGAGGGUCCGACACCGAGCGACUAGGACUCGGGUUCAAGCUCCGGGGUCCCGAGUCCCGUCGGUCCAGAGUAUUGAAAUAGGAAAUAAGCUAAUGAGAUGACUACUGGGAAGAGAAUUUCGGUACCAAAGUGAUAAAUACAUGUAUUGUAUAUUUUCAUUGUAUCAUUUUAUAUAAUGUGAUAAAUUAUAUCGUAUAAUGUUAUAGUCUAUAUAAGGUUAGGAACCAAAAAACAAACCAAAGCCUUAUAUAGCGUAAAUAGACCUUACGUAAUGUUGACGAACAUCACUUCCGCUGCAGCGUCCCAGAAAUGUAUUCCAGCAAUGACACCUUUAUCUAGCUUUCCUACGAGCCUUUCCAAAUUCUUGCCGAAAUAUGUUUCUGAUGACCGUCGUCAAAUUAAAAAGCUGUGAUAGUGGAAAGGAGGUCGUAGGGUGGCUCUUUGUGCAAGACCUGGAAAUGCUGAAGAAGAGGAGCUCAGUUUAAUCCUUUAACUUUUGAUGUGUAAGGUAUAAACAUAUAAUGAUUUGAAUUUUAUUUCAUUAUAAUAUCCACAUGUAGUCAGUUGAAUAAAAAUUCUGAAUAAUCA